AUGGCUUUCCCUUACCUCCAACCUGCGCUGUACAUGAAGAUACACGUCGGCGAGAAUACGCCCCAGGGAUUUAUCAGAUCGGUCGAUGGAUUCAAGCCGUAUAUCGAUGCCACUAUUACCUUUGGCAGCGACUGGCUUUCCUCCGACUCCCUCGAGCUGCUGCCACGUAUGAAUAUGAUCGGCCUUGCGCAAAACCAUGAUGGCAUCCCAUUUGCAUUCCGGUUUGACGGGAUAGUAGCCAUCUCUCGAGAGGCGACAACUCCUACACCAAGUGCAAGCAGUGUAGCGCACAAGACUACUCCAUUUGGCUCUUCGACCACAAGCCACUCGUUUUCCAGCGGCCAUGAGUCUUUUCAGGAUAUGUUAAGAUAUUCUUACGUUGGCCAUAGCCGGUACACCGUCACCGGAAAUGGCAUUCUGGUCGAAUGCUUCGUAUCCAGGCUGACGCAUAUUUGCUGA